AUGGAUAUAUCAAAAUGUGGCGAAUAUUUAAUAACAUGCGAUGGAGAACAAAUAAUAUUAUAUAAUUUACAUUCCGGUGAAUAAUAAAAAAAGCUAUAUCAUAAAGAAUCUUAAUUAGAUUUGGUCCGUUUUACACACAAUAGUGAUGCUAUAAUAUGUGCUACAUAAAAAGACCAUAGUAUCAUAUAUUGGUCAUUACAUGAUAAUGAAAUAGUAAAGAAAUUUACAGGACAUACAGAUGUAAUUUUAUGUCUAGAUUUAAAUAAUUCCACGGAUAAAUUUCUAAGUACUUCAUAAGAUUGUACAUUGAGGUUUUGGGAUUUGAAUUCUAUGAUACCAGGGGCAGAUGCGAUUUUAGAUUUAUCUUAAAAAAAAUGUAAUCCAGUCGCAGCCUUUGAUAAUUUGGGGCUUGUUUAUGCAAUUUCAUAUACAGAAAGUUUAGGAGGAGCAGAUUUUACUAAAAUAGCACUCUAUGAUGUAAAAAAACAUGAGGAAGGAUCUUUUGCCUUCUGGAAUUAUGAUUGUGCGGAGAUUAGAACUAUAAAAUUUAGUUAAUGUGGAAACCUUAUAUUAUGUAGUACUGUGGAUAAUAUUAUUAUAGUCAUAGAUUCUUUUGAAGGCACACUAAAAUAAAAAAUAAAUACAGGAGGAGAAGAUAUAAUGGACCCAUGCUUUACACCAUGUUCAUAGUUUUUAAUUACAGGCGGAGAAAAGGGAAUUAUUCAUGUGUGGAAAACUUAAACUGGAGAAGAAGUUACGAAAUUAAGUGGGCAUUUUUUAAAACCUUAGAUUUGUAAAUUUUCUCCAAGUCAUUGUUUACUUAUUAGUGCUUGUAAAAAUUUGAUUUUUUGGCUUCCGGAUAUAAAAUAAUGA